AUGAACGGUGGUCGUCUUGCCUUCGUGACCGUUUCUGGACUCGCUCUAUUUGCACAAGGAACGAACGCACACGGAGGAGAUAUGUCGAAGAUUCAAGAUGGAGAUGCCAUGAGUAUUGAACCUAUUGAUUCGAUAUUAUGGGUUCAUAUCUUGCUGCAGAUGUUUGCCUUUGGCAUCAUCUUUCCGACCGGAAUGGUUCUUGGAAUUGUGCGAAAUAGAUGGCAUGUACCUGUACAAAUAUUAGGAACAGUUAUCGCAGUGGCGGGAUAUUUCUUGGGGCAUCUACACGGAGGACGAGUCUUUGCGAAAAAUGUUCACUCAGUAUUCGCUAACAUCCUGAUGCUUAUGCUUGCCGUUCAAGUUGUUUUCGGCAUCUACCUCAAAUUUCACAUCACCAAAGGUUUCCACGGAAAGAUCCGAAAGGUCGCGGUUCAUGGUCAUGGAAUUGUUGGAAAGGCAAUGCCAGUUGUGGCUUGGGUACAAAUGCUUUUUGGUGGAAUCGCAGCUUUGGGUUUCUGUCGUGAUGAUCAUCUCGGUCAAUGUCUCGCACAUUUUAUCAUGGGUAGUGCAUUCAUCGGUUAUGGUAUCUUACUCACGAUUGUUAUGCUGGUUGGACAAGUUUGGUUGAGAAAAACCGGACGAUCCCAAGAAUUCUUCGACUCGGCAGUUAUCGCAGCUUGGGGUUGUGUCAAUACUUUCACCGAACACAGAUGGGGUGGCGCUUGGGUCGCAAAUGAUAUCCAACAUACUACUAUGGGAAUAAUUUGGUGGACUGCUGGUUUGGCAGGAGUCUGGUUGAGCAGAAAGAGAGAUGGUUCGCCAAAGAGAAAUUUCAUUCCUGGAUUUGUCAUUUUUAUUACUGGAUGGGCUAUGUCUGGUCACCCACAGCAUCUCCCACUCAGCACCAUGGUCCACAGUGUUUUUGGAUAUACUUUAAUGGCCGCCGGACUUUCAAGAAUUAUUGAAAUUGCUUUCCUUUUGAAAGAUAAGGCUACCUUCUCCGAGGACGGUGAUGCUAACAGUUUCCAAUAUGUUCCACCAUUUUUACUCUACGCAUCUGGUUUCUUGUUCAUGGGAGCUACGGAAGAGCAAAUGAAACUCAUCUCCGACGCAGGUAUCACUCACGUAUCUUACGUUCUUGUGUUAUACAGUUUCGCCUUCCUCAUAUUCUUAUUAACCAAUAUGUUGGUUCAUAUCUAUGCAGUCAACACCAGCGCACCUCCAGUGCCUCCAAAGGAUGGAGAAGGAGCUCCAGCUCGUCUUCCACGGAUGAAUGGCCAUGUUCAUACAGAUUCAAGGCAGAUUCGUGAUGCGGAAGAGUUUGAACUGGAGGGAUUGAUGAGCGAUGAUGAAUCGCCAGAAAGCCCAAGCACUUUAGGGAAGAACAAUGAGGCUCGAGUAGCUUAG